AGUUGAACUGGAUCACAGGCUGAGUGAAUGGGAUCUGAUCUGUACGGCGUGCAGCUCUGCUGCUCCAGAGGAGAGAGACCUCCCCCGUACACGCCCACUCAGCCUCGCUGCUCCUCUCCUCUCUUCUAAAACUCUUUUCCCAGGCAUAACUGAGAUUGUUCCCGCUGAUGGGAAGCACAUAAGGAAGCCAAAGCGUCCCGGCAGCACAGCUCCAGGCAUCGGUCCCCAGUGGAGCAGCAGCUACCUCGGGCAGGGCUGUGCUGCUUGACUCUCCAAGCAGGGGAGGAGAUAGUGACAAUUUUUAUUUAGGCUGAACACGAGGCAUAUUUAACUAGUUAUAUAACAGUGACCCUGGUCUGUCUCGGCUGGGUGCAGGGAGGAUAUAUACGUACUGCUUCUCGUCACACCAGCUGGGUGGAUUCAAGCACUAGGAGCUAUUUACCAAAGUUAUUUUCAGAAACUUUAAGUGCAGGUUUCCCUGCCUAUAUCCUGGACUGUCUUUAUCAGGAGUUUUUUCCCGCCUGCGAACUGAACAGCCAGUGAGAGUGGAUUUAGUGCUUGCUGGGCUGUGGGCAGAGAUAAGCAGUUGUUAGGAGUGACUGGAAACUUUUGUUCUGAAGACCCAGAGACAAGAAUAGCAGAAGAGCUGAGAGUGUGAGGCCACGUUGAACAAGUGUGCAGGCACAGAGCUUGCCUCGGUGCACUGAGCAGCAUGCUACUCUUGGAUGAGUCUCAGCAGUUUCCAGACCAACCCCAGGAUGCCGUGUUCAGCGGUGACCACGCAGAGCAUGCGGAGGAUGGAGAAUGGCAGCGCUCGACUUCAACUACCUCAUCUCAGAGCGAGCGGGCAGAGCAACUCUUGCAGAACCAGCACAAGAGCCUGGCCUCUGAGGACACCAAAAAGAAGAGGGCUCAGAAACCGUCUCACAUGCGGAGGAACAUAAGAAAGCUGUUGCGUGAGGACCAACUGGAAGCCGUGACAAAGGCAGCCCAGCAGGAAGAGCUGGAGAGAAGGAAACGGCUUGAGCAGCAGCGGAAGGAUUAUCCAGCCUCUAUACCAACUGUACCCCUGGAGUUUCUUCCUGAGGACAUUGUUUUCAGAACAGCAGAGGCAACCCAGCUCCCCCCUCAGGUCCUGGCUGAGGAAGUGAUCUGCCUCGACAGUACCAGCAGUGGCAGUGAGGAUGAUACUAAAGGAAAAAAUAGCAUUAAAGAUGAAGUGAUUGAGCUGAGCUCAGGAGAGGAUGAUGCCCUCCAAAUUGUGGACAGCAGUGACUCUGGCAAUGAGGGGGAGGAGGAUGGCAGUGAAGAGAGCAGUGGCUCUCAUGUGAAUGAUGCCUUAAAUCAGUCAGAUGCUCUGGGGCAAGUCAUUGUCAACAUCAAUCAUCCACCAAAUGAGGAGGACAUUUUCCUAGCUCCCCAGCUGGCACAUGCAGUAAAACCUCAUCAGAUUGGUGGGAUCCGAUUCCUUUAUGACAACUUGGUCGAGUCCUUGGAGAGAUUUAAAACCAGCAGUGGGUUUGGGUGUAUUUUAGCACAUAGUAUGGGCCUGGGCAAGACCAUACAGGUCAUCUCUUUCUUGGAUGUACUUUUUCGUCACACAGAGGCAAAGACUGUUCUUGCCAUUGUACCUGUGAAUACGCUCCAAAACUGGCUAGCAGAGUUCAACAUGUGGCUCCCAGCACCUGAAAACCUUCCUGCUGAUUAUAACUCCAAAGAGGUCCAGCCCCGCACCUUCAAAGUCCACAUCCUGAAUGAUGAACACAAGACGACAGCUGCACGUGCAAAGGUGGUGAAUGACUGGGUGACAGAAGGUGGUGUGCUGCUGAUGGGAUACGAGAUGUACCGUCUGCUCUCACUGAAGAAGUCCUUUGCCACUGGUAGGAAGAAGAGAACAAAGAAACAAACUGGUCCUGUCAUUAUUGACUUGGAUGAGGAAGACCGGCAGCAGGAGCUUCUGAAAGGGAUCGAGAAGGCUUUGUCUCGGCCCGGCCCAGAUGUGGUUAUUUGUGACGAGGGACACCGGAUAAAGAACUGCCACGCCAGCACUUCCCAGGCCCUGAAGAACAUCCGCUCGCGCCGGCGGGUGGUGCUGACGGGGUACCCGCUGCAGAACAACCUCAUCGAGUACUGGUGCAUGGUGGACUUUGUGCGGCCUGACUUCCUGGGCUCGCGGCAGGAGUUCAGCAACAUGUUUGAGCGGCCCAUCCUGAACGGGCAGUGCAUUGACAGCACGCCGCAGGACGUGCGGCUGAUGCGCUACCGCAGCCACGUCCUGCACAGCCUGCUCGAGGGCUUCGUGCAGCGGCGAGGCCACAACGUGCUGAAGGUGCAGCUCCCAUCUAAGGAAGAACAUGUCAUUCUGGUACGUCUGUCCAAGAUCCAGCGGGCCCUUUACACGGAGUUCAUGAACCGGUUCCGUGAUGCAGGCAACAGUGGCUGGCUGGGGCUGAACCCACUCAAAGCUUUCUGUGUCUGUUGUAAGAUCUGGAACCAUCCAGAUGUGUUGUAUGAAGCUCUGCAAAAAGAGAAUCUGGCAAACGAGCAGGAUUUGGAUGUGGAUGACCUUGGCACAGCAAACACUAAUUCCCGCUGCCAGCCUCAGGGAAUUAAAGUUAAAACAGAGAGUAACGCUUUGGCAUCACCAGUUGGAGAAGCUACUAAUAGCAAGUUCCUCCAGAGUGUUGGCUUCAACCCUUUUCAGGAAAGAGCAAAUCAGGUUGUAACUUAUGAGUGGGCCAAAGACAUCUUGUGUGAUUACCAGACGGGAGUCCUGGAGAACUCACCCAAGAUGGUGUUACUUUUCCACCUAAUUGAGGAAAGUGUGAAGCUUGGAGACAAGAUCUUGGUCUUCAGCCAGAGCUUGUCCACCUUAUCCGUCAUUGAAGAGUUUUUGGCAAAGAGACCAAUGCCAAGUCCUCCAGGCUCAGAUGGAGGAGUUCAUAACUGGGUCCGAAACAUCAACUACUACAGGCUGGAUGGCAGCACCUCUGCCUCAGAAAGGGAACGGCUGAUUAACCAGUUCAAUGAUCCCAGCAACACCUCUGUUUGGCUCUUCCUUUUGUCCACACGUGCUGGGUGUUUGGGUGUCAACCUCAUUGGAGCAAACAGAGUGGUGGUGUUUGAUGCUUCCUGGAACCCGUGCCACGACGCCCAGGCCGUGUGUCGCGUGUACCGCUACGGGCAGAAGAAGCCGUGCCACAUCUACAGACUGGUUUCUGAUUACACCCUAGAGAAGAAGAUCUAUGACCGUCAGAUCUCCAAGCAGGGCAUGUCAGAUCGGGUGGUGGAUGAUCUGAACCCAGUGCUGAACUUCACUCGACGGGAGGUGGAGAACCUGCUGCAUUUUGUGGAAGAAGAAUCUGACCCUGCUCAGCUCUCCCUCAAUCCAAGCAAGAUGAAGGAGUCUGUUCUACAAUUAGCCUGUCUCAAGUAUCCUCACCUCAUCACCAAGGAGCCUUUUCAGCACGAGUCACUGCUGAUCGACCGGAAGGAGCACAAGCUGACCAAGGCAGAGAAGAAAGCAGCCAAGAAGAGCUAUGAGGAGGAGAAGCGAGCGUCCGUCCCCUACACCCGGCCGUCCUACGCACAGUAUUACCCAGCCAGUGACCAGAGUCUGACGAGCAUCCCUGCCUUUAGCCAGAGAAACUGGCGACCAGCCCUCAAGGGUGAAGACAAACCAGUGGCAAGCGUCCGCCCAGUUCAGUCCACUCCCAUUCCAAUGAUGCCCCGCCAUGUCCCCAUGGGCAGUGCAGGAUCAGCCUCAAGUUCCAACCCUGCUGUCAACUUUCCCAUCAACUACCUACAGCGAGCUGGUGUCUUUGUGCAGAAGAUUGUUACCACCACGGAUAUUGUGAUUCCGGGUACAAACACAUCCACUGAUGUACAAGCAAGAAUCAGUGCUGGUGAGAGCAUCCACAUCAUCAGAGGGACAAAAGGGACGUACAUCCGGACCAGCGACGGUCGGAUCUUUGCCAUACGGACCACUGGGAAGCCAAAGGGCAAUGAAGACCGUCGGACAGCUGCCUCAGGCUCCCAGAGCUCUUCCCUGGAGUCCACGAGCAAUGGCAGACACAGUGCCUCAUCCCCGCAGCUGCCCAGCGCCGAGGAGCUGACUCGGCCCAUCUCCCCCGACAGCCCCGAGAUCAUCAGCGAGCUGCAGCAGUACGCGGAGGCGGCGGCGGCGCGCGAGUCCCGCCACGGCUCUCCCAGCACGGCCGCGGCGCAGCCGCACGGCACCCGCACCGAGCCCACGCCCGGCGCCGCCCGGGGCACCGAGCAGCGCCUGGGGGCUCCCUGCACGGCUCCCUCCGUGUCCUCGGCCCUGCCGGCCGCCAGCCAGCACGGCGACGCCCACCCGGUGUUGGACUUACGGGGCAACAAGCGCAAGUCGACGUCGCCGUCAGCUGCGGAGGAGCAAUCGCGGAGGCAGCAGAAGAAGCGCCAGUUGCCGUCGUCCGUGCAGCCGUACGAACACGGGUACCCCGUUUCUGGUGGGUUCACCAUGCCUCCUGUCUCUUUAAACCACAACCUAACCCAUCCAUUUGCCUCCCAGCCAGGAAACUCCUUGUACAUGGGCACUGGCUCCUCUUAUUACCAGCUGCCCAAUUUACUCCCAGACCCUCAUCUGGUGUUCCCUGUGACUACUGACCCUCUGCUGACAGCCGGCACCGCCAGCUCUUCUGCUGCUACCUCAGCCACCGCCAGCGUCCCCUCAUUCAUGCUAAACCCUUCUCUGGCAGGGGUGCUGCCCAAUUACUCGCUUCCCUUCACGCAGUCACUCCUGCCCGAGCCCAGGAUGUUCGCUCCUUUCCCAGCCCCCAUCCUGCCUAGCAGCCUUCCCAGGAGCAUGGCAUCUGCCUACCCUGGCUACGUGUCCCCUCACUCGGGCUACCCGGCUGGGGGUCUCCUUCGGUCCCAGGUGCCUCAGUUUGAAACCCAGGAGGUCCCAGAGGUGGGAUGCAGCUCUAAUGACGAGGACAAAGACGACGAUGUCAUAGAGAUCACAGGGAAAUAAAAAGGCCCAGCUCCUGUUUGGUCUCAGCUCCGCCAGGAGGCAAAAGUUGCAGGACCUUUUUGGGAGUCAGGAUUUUCCCUCUGGGCAAAGGGUGUGGCGUGGGGGUGGUUUUGUUCUUUUCGUUUUGUUUUGUUGUUCUUUAGCUGUCAAGGAUAAGAAUUGUAUUAGGGGCUGGGAGAUGGGAGAGGGAUAGAGUGGACCUUUGAGAGGCGAGGGAGCAAGAGCCGGGGAGGAGGGAAGCAGCAAUGCAAACUGUAGGAGUGCCUCCCCCCACGCUCCGUCUGUCUGUCUGUCUCUGUUCUCUGUCUUGUCUGGCUGUGGAGGCUUGGUGUUGUGAGUCACUGCCCCUCUCAGGCCUGGAGGCACGGGCUUGACUGCUGGCAGGGCCGAGCUCCCUCUCACAUGAACUGCCUUAUCUGUGAACUUCUCUCACUGCGAGAGGGGUGGGCCGGGGGUGACUCCACCACAGGUUGGGGACAAAAUGUUUUUGGUGGGGAGGGAGCUGGGAGGCAUCUACAUUGUGUAUGUUGGGGCAGGGAGGGAGGGGAUUGAUGUCAAAUAAAAGAAGAAAGAAAAAAAAAAGAUAAAAAAAAGGAAAAUACCCCACAAUUUGUCACCCUCUUCCAAUUCACAUGAGACUAGUGUGAGGGCUCCAGGCAGGUUCCUGUGCCAGGGCUCUGGUGGGGGCUUCCCCCAGGCCCUUCUGGAGGGUCCCGUCCAAGGUAGGUUGGCCCUGUGGGUCUGAUGCCACCUCUGUGUGCCAGUGGAGCAAUCCCACAUGUCUUGGUGGCCAUCAGAGGGGAAUCCUGCUGACUUCCCCAUAUCCUGCCAGGCUAUGUGAAGGCCAUGUCUCACCCUGCUGUGGCCCACCAGAUCCAGGGGUGGGUGGGCUCACUGCUGCUUCUGAACAGCACCAGGCAGUGGAGAAGGCUGGGAGGGGACACUGGACCAGUGCCAGUUAUUGUUGAAUCUGUGACUAGAGAGACUUUCCCCUGCACAGAAUCUCUACGUUAAUUUAUUUCAUGAAGGCAUAAUAUUUAUUGUCUGGGGAGUCUUUAUUUCUACUUUUAAAUUAAUUUCCAUAUUAAAAAAAUAAAAAGCUGGCCUCCAUUAUGCAGUGGUCACUUGUUGGGUUGUCUGUGUGGGGAGGAGCAGGUGGUUGACCAAAGUCUAGCAUAGGAGCAGGGCCAACUGCGGAGGUGGCCUGUGGCUGACCCAGGUGGCACCGGAUGGAUGUGUUCCAUCAGGACAUUCUGCCAGAGCAGGAGCUGCUCUGGAUGCUGAGCAGCUGGAGGGAGGAUGGAAUCCUCUUGUUGUGGGAAGGAGCACAUGUGGAAGCCUCCUGUGCUUAUUCCCAGUAAGAAGGAGGAGAGCUAUGAGGUGUGUGGAGCUGGGAAAGCAGAGCUCUUGCUGGGGAAGUGCCUUUCCCCACUCAGGGAGUGGCCUCCCUGCUCAGCCCAGGAGUGCAGAGCCUGGUCCUGGCCCUACCAGCAAGCACCCCAGCUGCUCCUCAGGGCCAGGGCUCCCAGGGAGAGUCUGGGAUAUCCAGGUGCAGCUGGACUUGGAGCAUGUGACUGUGUUUGUGAAUGCACUAGGAUGGACACUUGAUAUCCAGGAACCUCCGUGUCACAUCUGGGUGUGAGCUGUGCUCGCCUGCCUUGAUGUCCCUGGAGCUGGUGGUAACCUGUAGGGGACCCCUAGGCCAUGGAAACUGCAGUCACUGGUGUUUGCUGGACCAACCAGGUGUAGGAAAGGGCAGGAUGUCCUGACAUCCUCCACCAAAGGGGUGCUCCCUUCCUUAGAGAGAGGGUUGUGUGUGCACGCGUGUGUUACGGAAACACAAUAAAAAAUGUUAUGGGGCUUUCCUAGUGUCUUUCUCUGUUUAAUGGACAUUGUCUGUCAGACAUAACCACACCAUUCAUAGAAGCCUUAGAUCAACAGUUUAGCUAUGCAAAUUAUUUUAAUUAUUUUUUUAAAAAAACAAACAUUAAAAUAGUGCUUUCUUCUUUAACAUAUCCUAGGAGUUGAAAACCGAGGGGUUCUGAGCAAACUGCUGGACAACUUGUCUUUGGAUGCACCAUGGAAAUAAAAAUCAAACCCCCCCACAAAAGUAACAAAGCAAAUUAACUGAUGGUGUUCAUGCAAGUUUCUCCAAAGACUUGACAGUGCUGCAUCUGUGAGUCAUGCCCUCCUGUGCUCUGUGUGUCCACCUCAUGACCAGCUUGCCCAGAUGUCCGUUGCAUCCCUGUGAGGCUGUCAGUUUUCCUGUGGAUUUGGGAAAUGGACCUAGGCAAGGGCUUUCCUUGUCGAGAGUAGCAAGUGUUGAGACCUGCGGGCGCGUGUGGGAGGUGGGACCGUGAGCAGACCCCCCAGAGCCCCUCCCGUGGGGGUCAGGGCAGUGGCUCUCCUCCAAGGGAACCUCCCACGUUAUCUCUGAAUGGGGCCUGUGCUGGGACAAGGUGUGAAGAUGUGGUUGGGGGCAGUCAGCGCUGUGAUCUGGGUGUGGUACUGGUGACUGCACACCUCUCUGCUCCUCGCCUCUCCAGGAGAGCACCCAGGGCUUCCAGAACAGCACAUCCCUGUGCUGCCACCUGAUGUUCUCCAGUGGUCCCCCAGCAGAGCCUGAGCCCUGGGGCUGUAGGAGCUGAGGAUGACUGGCAUUCCCAGGGUGCAGAAUGUGCACCAGGCUGGCUGUUAACCCAGCACCAGGGCGAGGUGUGAGGGCUGUUCCACCUCCUGUGUGGCCAUGGCCUGUGCACCCCUCGGCACCCUGCUGUGGUGUGGCUGCCCUGUGCAUGACCCGCUGCUGGCAAACAUCCGCAGCACAGGGCCCUGCACAGCAAGUGCCCAACUGCAGCCCCAGCUCUGCCCCAUCCACCAGCCCUGGGCCCCCCUUAGAGAGGGGAUGGACCCUGGCAGAGCCUCAGCUGAGGUGGUCACAGAGAUGGCUCUGAUGCCCUGACCACAGGGCUCCUGUGGGAGCUGGCAGUGGCUGGGGCUGCGCCCCCACGAUGCCACGGGAAGGAUUUCCACUGCCCCACAGGAGCCACAGGGGGGUGUGGGAAAUCCCCAGUGGGGGGAGCUCUCUAAGCUCUUAAACUCCCCUUCCCUGGGGCCUGCCCUUCUCCCUCAUCUGCUCUCCCCAGAGGUUUCUCCUCUCCAGCAUGUGGUUCUGCAGAGGGUCCUCUCUUGGUUUUCCUGAGCCUGGAACAGGGGCAUUCCCUGCAGGGGUUAAAUUUUUCUUUUGCUGCUGAAUUUCUGUCUCCGAAUGACCUGAUGGGAAGCAGCUGCUGAUUCUCAGAGGGGCUCUGGGUGACACUGAGGACAGCAGUGCAGGACUCUCUGCAGAGGGUUUUGGACAGUAAGGAAGAUUUGUGAGCACAGCCCAAGGCUAGGGCAGAUCUGUGGCGGCCUUGGGAAUGGUCAGCUACCCUCUACACUGGCACCCAGCCCUCAGCCCUUGCCUUUGGUGGGGGGUUUGCUGUCCUGGGGACAGUCAGGUGAAGGCUGGGUACCACUGUGGGACAGUGCCAUGGGCACAGGGCAGUUGCUGCUGCUCUGGGCGCUGGGCUUGUUGCCCCCACUGUUGAUGUAGCUUCUUGGGUGCUGCAGGGUGGGGGCAACACAGCCCAGCCUGGCCCAUUUUGGGCAGGAUCUGCUGCAUAUUGUCCUGGAGUGUCUGGGAGGGUGGGGAGGUUGGGUGCAGCUACUUGGAAAAAGCAAAUAUUUUGUCAAGCAAAGGGUGGGAUUUCCACAGGGUCUUCACUAGAAAUUAUGUGUAUUUUGACUUAAUGAUGUCAGUGAAUCAUAGAAUGGUUUGGGCUGGAAGGGAUCUCAGAGAUUGUCUUGUUCCAGCCCCCUGCCAUGAGCAGGGACACCUUCCACUAGAGCAGGUUGCUCCAAGCCCUGUCCAGCCUGGCCUCAAAGACUUCCAGGGAUGGGGCAGCCACAGCUUCUCGGGGCAGCAAAUUCAAGAGGCUAAAUGUGUGAGGAUUGCUGCUGUUUUGAGGGUGGCUUCCAGGCCAACAGAGAUAAGUACAGCAAGUACCUUCACAGCUGGUGUUUCUCACCACUCUGGAAUAAAUUUUGUUGAUCCAGUCUUGGAAAGACCGGGGGUGGGGGAGGGCUGGGGAGGGGGCAGAGGUUGAAACAGGGACCAUAGUCCAGCUAGAUUACAGUGAGGGAUGGCUCCUUGCACCUUGGAGCAAGCACUCCCUGUGAAGGGAAGAUGGGGCAAGUGAGGGAGAGCAGCCUCUGCCACCUCCCAGACCACCACUGCUGCCUCAGCUGCUUCGUGUUACCCAGCUCGGAGCUGGAGUCUGGCAGAUCAGAUCCAUGGGAGCCUGAAGGAAUCCAUCACUGAGUCUCAUUUGGGGUUUUCUGUUGGUUUGGAUUUCUUUUUCUUUUUUUUUUUUUUUUUUUUUACUACCGCCUUAGUUUGUGGCCUGUCUUGUUGUGGUUGGAAAGAGGAGUAUUGCUAGCCAGGUGGGUCGGUUGGUUGGCCCCACGCAUGAUCAUGUGCUUCCCUCUUCUCUCUGUCGAACGGGAUUUGCUCACCUGAUCUCCCAGAACAGAGACUUUGAACAAUUUGUUGUUUAUAUGAUGUAUUUAUUUUUACUUGUGUUUCAUGUCAUUUUUUUAAAAAAUAAUAAAUUGUAAGUUGGUAUAA